UUGUGCUGUUCUAAUGGAUUUACAUGGAGUUACUCUAUAUAUGAUGGACGGUCACACCAAUUGCCUGGUUUAGACAAACCAGGUACAGUUGUGGUGUCUCUGGCUGAACUGUUACUGGAUGAGGGCAGGAUCCUUAUUGCUGAUAAUUACUACACCAGUAUACCUUUGGCGAGAUAUCUCAAGGAACGCAAAACUGAUUUCUGUGGCACAGUCCGUAAACCGAGGCGUGAACUUCCACCACAAGUAAUUCAACAGAAACUUCAAAAAAGUCAAAUAGCUGCUCAACAAAACGAAUGUGUGACUGUCCUAAAAUGGCAUGACAAACGCGAUGUUCUGACUUUGUCAACGUGUCAUACCCACGAGAUGCAAAUGGUAAAAGGGUUUCGCCCAGUUUUGAAGCCAAAAAUGGUACUAACUUACAACGAAGGCAAGAAGGGAAUUGAUAUUGCUGACCAGCUCGCAAGCUAUAAUUCGCCUGUUCGAAAAUCAUGUAUAUGGUACAAAAAAAUAGCGGCGGAUCUUUUUGGCUACAUGCGUGGUCAACGUCAUUGUAAUUUACAAUCAAUUGCAUCCAUCCAACGAAAAAAUUACACUGCUUCAGGGUAA